CGUGGAGAUUUGUUAGGUUAGGUGACGAACACAGACUUUUGGAGGGCGAUUUUGGGGAUUGUUUUUCCAGAACUUCCUGUCGCUGGACAACAUGUUUGAAAUCACAGACACACAGAAAAUUGGCGUCGGCUUGGCUGGCUUCGGGAUCUCUUUCCUCUUCCUGGGCAUCCUGUUGCUGUUCGACAAAGGACUCCUGGCCAUAGGAAAUAUUUUCUUCCUCUCCGGACUCGCCUGCGUGAUUGGUCUGCAGAGGACUUUCAGAUUCUUCUUCCAGAAGCACAAAGUGAAAGGCUCAAUAGCAUUCUUCGGCGGCAUAGUCAUCCUCCUCGUGGGCUAUCCCCUGAUCGGGAUGAUUGUGGAGAUCUACGGCUUUGUCCUGCUGUUCAGCGGCUUCUUCCCAGUCGCCAUCAAUUUCCUGCGGAGAGUUCCGGUGCUGGGCAGCUUCCUGAACAUGCCGGGUGUGAGUCGCAUUGUGGACAAACUCGCGGGCGACUCCAAUCGGACGACGGAUUUCCCGGAGUAGGCAAAGCAGGCGGCAAUCUCGUGGUGAAAAUAUUGGCGCUUAUCUUCAAAGUUAUCGUUUUCUGUUAUAAUUAAUUGGUUUUGGGAUCUUAUUUUACCAUCUAAUAUUGCAAAAUUGCAUGAAAAAGACUUGUAAAGACUUAUUUAAUGAUUGAAACGAAAUAAAUUAUCCCUUAUUUGAUGUUUUAUCGCUUUUCUUCCAGCCGGAAAUCAAUAAAAUGUAAAUAAUUUCGCACUUUAUUCGCAUUUUGAUGAAAAGUGCACCACAAUUAGAGACACGAGACUGUGCAGAGCUGCUC